UCGAUGGUUCAUUUGAGUCCACUCCUCCGGGCAACCACCGAGGGAUAUGUUACCUCGCUUGGAUGCUGCGCCCCACGAUAUCACGAGUCAUCUCUCGUGGACGGUUUAUGGCGCGUAAAUUAAGUUCGGUGUAGGUUGCUGCUUUAUUAGCUAUAGGCUAUUUAUUGAAAACCAUUAUCAGGUGAGGUAUACAAAUAAAAUAAAAAAUGUUUAGGCUUAUUUCUUCAUACUGGCAUAGUAUGGACAAUAAAAGAAAGUAACGUUAUUUCCCAUAUGAGUUCAUUGUCACUUAGUACAUGUAAUUUCUCUGUCCUUCUGUCAAUGAUGUAAUGCGGAGCCCGCGGGCCACUGACGCGCAGUGGAAUAUUCGUUAAUCUCCAUCCAGCUCGUCCCUGAACUGGACCGCAUCAUCUUCUCUCCUCCGUUUUCCAACAAACAUCCAUGGACACCCAGCUACGGUCACAAUUGACCUUCAAAAUAGGCCACUAGUGGUCUAUUGUCUUAUUAACUGCUUUCAUCCGAAUAUUCCGCUCUUCUGACCGACUGUGCACCGUUAGCAUUCCGGGGAAGCGCACAAAUUGCUGAGGCAGUGGAAAACAGAUACAUCCCCACAUAGCGCAGCGCUUGUUCUCCUACAGUGCCUGGUAGAAGCUGGCAAUGCUAUUUCCCUCGGCUUAAUUUCAAGCUUUUUGCUGCGGGUGAAUGCGACAUUGCACCCAUACAUUUGAGGGCAUCUGCCGGUGAUACGAAGAUGGCGGAGAAUGCUGUCUAUUCAGCUUCAAGUGCCUUGACAGCUGAAGGACUGACUCCAUCAUCAGUGACAGAGAAGCGAUCCCAAAGCAAUGGCCUCUGCUCCCCAGCCCGUGGGGUCCAUCAUCAAGGCAUCCCAGCGGCAAAAGACAAUGAGGUGCUGAGCCCACCCUCAGUGGUGGAGAAGAGGCCCCAGCUGAACGGGCUCCCCUCCCCUUCACGGCUGCCGAGCAGUAACGCUAACAGUCACGCAGGUAAACAGUAUGUGGAAGGGUAUUUAAGGACAGACGACCGGAUGCGUUUAGCCAAAGAGAGAAGGGAGGAAAGAGAUAAAGGCCUCGUGGUGCGGGAGCAGGCGAUCAGGGAGAAGGAGCGCCGGGCCCGGCUGCAGUAUGAGCGCACCGUGGAGGAGCGCUGGAGAAGGCUGGAGGAGCAGAGACAGCGAGAGGAGCUCCGCAGGGCUGCUGUGGAGGAGAAGCGGAGACAGAAACUGGAGGAGGAGAAGGAGCGGCUGGAGGCCCUGAUGAAACGGUCCCUGGAGCGCAGCCUGCAGCUGGAGCAGAGGCCAAAGCGCUGGACGUGGGGCGGAACCGGAGGAGCGCAAGGUGACUGUGAGAAUGCCCCUCUCCCCGCCUCUGCCUUUCCCCAUGAACUCGCCACCCCCCUUCCUGCCGCCAGCGAAUCCGCUCCCUGCAGCCCCCACAGGUCACCCUAUCGGGGCUCGCCAAGCCGAACUGACCGACGGAGGCUCCAGAGCUCUCCAGAAGAGUCAGCAGGAGGCUCAGUUUCCACCCCUCAAACCCCCAAGAAAGAAAGAUUGCGCAGAGACAGAAGGACUGGCUCCCCUGCGGCGCUGUCCCCUGCAAGAAGAGCAGAAUCCCCGGCUGCGUUCACCAGACGCUCAGCCUCCCCUGCCACCCCCAAGUUGCUUCCUAAAAGUCGUACCCAGUCUCCCUGCUCCCAGCAGUGCCCCUCAUCCCCUGUCAGUAACCGGCCCGCCGCCCCGGUCACUAAUGACAUCAAGGGCGGAAGACGUCAGGAAGCCAAAGGUCACAACAACGUCAAGGACAGGAACAUCUCCAACCCUGGGACCCCAGUGAACAAAAAGAUGCCCGAUAUCCAGAGCCCAGAGAAGUCUUCCCAAGCCGACACCCCAGAAAAAGAAUUGUCCAACCCUGACACCCCAGAUAAGAAAUUCCCCAAGGUUGAGGUCCUCGGUAAGAACUCGAAAAGUCACAUUUCUGAAAGCAAGGAUUCCUCUGACAAGAGUAGCCCUGUGGCUGUGACUUCUGAUAAAAAAGCCCCUAAAAUAGAACCCCAAGACAAGAUAAAGUCCAACAUCACCGACUUGAAUGCAGAUAAGAGCACAGAGCCAUCGCCAUUGACACCUACAGGAAAAGCCGUUGCCGGGACGACAAAUGCUGAGGAAGCCUCCAGACUGCUGGCUGAGCGUAGGCGUCUGGCCAGGGUGCAGAAGGAGCUGGAGGAGAAACAACGUCGAGACCAGGAGGAGGAGGAACGUCUGAAAGCAGAGCAGCUGAGGAGGAGACAUGCAGAGGAGCGGGCCCGGCAGGAGGAGGAGGCUCGGCGUGCCGAGGACGAAAACAGCAGGCAGGAGGACCUCCGCAGAAGGAGAGAGGAAGAGGAGAAACGACAGAGGGAGGGCCGGGAGAAGGUGCUCCAGGUCCAGAUGGACAGAGAGAAGGAGGAGGCUGAGUUACAGGCUCAGAAACAUGCCGAACGCCAACGUCAGGAGAGAGAGAUACUGAAGCUGCAAGAGGAGGAGGAGAGACAGCUGCGAAAGAAGAGAAUUGAGGAAAUAAUGAAGAGAACCAGGAAGAGCGAUGAGAACCAGGCAGAGAUGAAGCAGAAGGAGGAGGUUCUGGUGGACACUCAGCCUGUCUCACCAUCAGGGGAAAUGGAGAUGAAUUCAAAGACAGUUGAAAGUAAUGCUCAGGUGAAUGUGCAAGGAAACCCAAAGCCUGAGUCUCAGGUUAACGGACAAGAUGCACCCCACGUGAACAAGGAAGUCUGUGCCCUUGUGAAGCGACAAGCAUCUGAUCCGGGGACCCCAAUGAAAAAUGACCUGGGAAAGGGACAGGAUGCUAAACAAGUGACAGGAAAGGGUGCAGCCCAGAUUCCCAAGCAGGAGAGAGCCUUUGUGAAUGGACAAGUCACUUCCCAAGUGACCAAGCUGGAGAGUGCACAGGUGAAUGGACAGGUCACUUCCCAAGUGACCAAGCUGGAGAGUGCACAGGUGAAUGGACAAGUCACUUCCCAAGUGACCAAGCUGAAGAGUGCACAGGUGAAUGCAAAAACCACUGACGAAAUAAAGACACCUGAUGUUUCCGAAGUGUCCAAACAGGAGAGUGGCCAAGUGACUGUAGGAGUGAAUAAACAGGAGGGACCCCAGAUGAGCAGCCACGACACUGCUCAGCACAAAACCCAGGAGAGUCUACAAGCAAACGUGAAGGAAAUCGGACAAGGGGCGCAGCCCAGCACACUGUCCCUGGCAAUGCCCCAACUCCCACCAGUCAUCCACCUUGAACCUCUGGAUGUUAAGAAUAGCGGGGCUUGUGAUGAAGUGCAAUCCAUGGAUGUCAGCCCAGUUUCCAAGGAGGAACUUAUCUCCAUCACAGAAUUCUCCCCAGUCAAUGAGGUCCAGCACAACGUCAUGAGUAGUGCCCGAGCCCUGGAGGACCUGCUUGACUUGACAGGCCAUGUGGCCUACCCCAAACUGUCCCCGAUGGGCCUAGGAGACUGUAACAAGAACCUGAUUCAGGGGCUCUGUAGCCCAGGCAACGAUUCCAAGCUCAUCCUCCACCCUCACACAAGCUAAACAUCCAGUAGUCAGAUCCCAGUGCUGACAAACCAGGAAAGUGCUGUGGGAGUUACUCUGCAUUGACUGAUGUUGAGGAUGGCGGUCUAUGCACCUCUACAGAGCACUGUGAAUGUUGUUAUUGAUCUUCCUCCUUGGUCUCCAACCUUGAAUGUCCAUUAACCUUUAACCUCCUAAAAUACCUAUGUCCUUAUAGCCUUGGACAACGAAACUUAAGUUGACAAAAAUACUCGAAGAUUUGCUGUAUUGGUCAGAGAAUACUAUGAUCGUAGGCUAGUCAUAGAUGUGUCAUGUAUUGUAUUGCAUAGUGCAGUUGUUAGUGUGGUGAAAUGUGGGUCACAGUACAAUGCUGUGUGUGUCUUUAUGAAAAAAGAGCCCAUAAAGUAAUUGACUCUCAACUACCUGUUAGGUGAUCUGAAGCUGUAAGUAAAGCCAGUUAAAUUACAUUUUAAAACAAAAGCUUUCAUUCUGCAGUUAAGUUGCAGACUGGUUAUAGCCUCUCCUUAGAUAUUUUUUUGACAGUAAAAGACUGCAUACCAAUGUAGACUAUCAGUAAGUUGCCUUUGCUAUUGCAGUAUUGCCCCUCCCUGACAUUCUGUCCCUGUACAGUUGUGACUGAAAGGUUCAUAUUGCACUGUAUCCACUCAAUGUAGUUUAGUAUGCACUGAUCAUUUAGAUUGUUUCACUGAAAAGACCACUGUUCUCUGGCUGUGGGGGGUAGCGUGUAUGUCGUCUUAAUGUAUGUAUACAAACUGCUGUGAGAUUGGGGUUCUAGCAUGUCUGCCAUAAAACCUUAACCCAGGUCCAACCGUACUGCAACUCAAAGCCAACAUAAAGAAUAUAUACAAUAACAUUCCUUAUGUUAGUACACAGUUUCACCAAACCAUGCAUUGCAGGUUUUGUUUCCCCCCCUAAUCUACAAAAUACUGAGCUAUGCCUGAUCUCUCAAAAGUCUGAAAACUUUGAACUGGUUUCAUUCGUAUGAUAGAUUGAUGACUUUGAUUGAUAUAAGUCAAGGACAAAAUUGAUGGCUUACAAGAUGGAAUCCAGUUGCGAUGCUGUCAAAAUGAAGUACUUUUGGUGUGUACUGUUUAUUCACAGAUGCAAAUGGUCUGUCACUGAUUCCUCUUUGACUGAAUUGUGUUUUGAUAAUGUACCAAAAGAAAGCAGGAUUUUUACUUGAAGACUAAGCAACCAGGGAUUUAAAAAAUGAAUCAGGUUUAAAGAGAAAACAUUGUAACAGUUUAAACCAACUUUGUGACUGUUGUAUCUCUAACUAAAGCAGCAUUAGUAAAAAAUAAAUAAAUAAAUCAAAAAACAAUCAAAAAAAUUAACUAUUGAAAUUGUGCAUGAAACAUUAGCAUGAGCAUAAAAUGACUAUAAAUAAACAUUAAAACAGAAA